UGUGUGCUUCUGCUGGGGUGCGUCUUUCAUUACGCAAACACUCCCACAUGAAACCUUGCAAACUCAGUAACGGCAUGGAUUCUGAAUCAGAAGCUGACAUCCAGUGCAGAAGCGGGGCUGCUUGUGCCGCCAAGUGUGGCUCUGAACGCCUGGAGAAUGUUGCCAAGCGGAGGCUUGCUGCGAACGCCAGGGAGAGAAGACGGAUGCAGGGGCUGAACACAGCCUUUGACCGCCUACGCAAGGUGGUCCCCCAGUGGGGACAAGACAAAAAGCUUUCCAAAUAUGAGACCCUCCAGAUGGCCCUCAGUUACAUCAUGGCAUUGACAAGGAUCCUUGCCGAAGCCGAAAGGUACAGCGCAGAGAAAGACUGGAUUAACUUCCACUGUGAGCAUUUCCAUCCGGAGAACUGCCACCAUGAGUAUACGGGACAGAAGUCCACUGGGGAGGUGGACCCUUACGCACAGAGACUUUUCAGUUUCCAGCCUGACCACUACUGAAUGGACAGAGCAGUAUGAUUUUGGCAUAGGCAUUUCUGAUAUCUAUCUAUCUAU